AUGGCGCGACACUUGCUGCGGGCGGCGACGGGAAGGAGGAGGGGGUGGUGGGAGGCGCCGCUGUUUGCGGCGGAGCAGCGAGCGACGCUGGUGAACGUUAAACUUAAGUUGGUCAAAGACCGGGCGCUCGACGGGGCCGUGUCGCGCGAGCGCCACCUCCGCUCCGCCCACCACCUGCUCGACCUCGUGUCCACGCGGCCCGGCCACCGCAUCUCCUGCCCCGAGCUCCUCGCCGACAAGUCCGUGCACAGGCUCUUCGGCUCCGCGGAGGCCGCGCUCGCGUUCCUCCGCAGGUACCGCACCUUGUUCGCGCUCUCUCGCCGCGGCGGCCGCGGCGUGUCCCUCACGGACGCCGCGCUCGACCUCCGGCAACGGGAGCUGGACUGCCUGAACGCCUCGGAACCCGACCUGCUCGCCCGCCUCCGCCGCCUCCUUAUGCUCACCCUGCCGCGCUCCCUCCCGCUCCACACGGUCGACCUUCUCCGCUGGGACCUCGGCCUGCCUCGCGACUACCGCGCCUCAGUCCUCCGCCGCCAUCCUGACCACUUCGCCCUUGCGCAGCCCGAGGGCGACGAGCGCGUCUGGCUCCGCCUCCUCUCCUGGGACGACCGCCUGGCCGUCUCCGAGCUCGAGAAGGGUGCGGCCGGUGGCGACACCACUUGCCUCCCAUUUCGGGUGAGCUUCACGAGAGGUUUUGGCCUCAGGAGCAAGUGUAUGGACUGGCUGAGGGAGUGGCAGGCACUGCCGUACACUAAUCCGUACGCCGACGCCUCGGGCCUUGACCGCCGCACUGAUGUGUCAGAGAAGCGCAACGUCGGAGUGUUCCAUGAGCUGCUGCACCUCACACUGGCAAAGAGGACGGAGCGCCACAAUGUGAGCAACAUGAGGAAGCUGCUUGGCAUGCCACAGAAGUUUACCAAGGUUUUUGAGCGCCACCCGGGCAUUUUCUACCUCUCAAGGGUACUUGGUACACAGACAGUUGUGCUCAGGGAAGCUUAUGGUGGCGGAAGUCAGCUGCUUGAGAAGCAUGCGCAUCCACUUGUUGCUAUCAGGGAGGAGUAUGCCACCAUGAUGAGGGCUGCAUUGCCACCAAGAAGGACAAGAGAAAGCCGCAACUCUUGUAUUGGGUUGGAUGAUGAAAGUGAGGAAGGCGAAGAAAUUGAACUCUCUGAGUGA